AAAAUGAUCAUAAUGUAUGCGCUUACAAUUUAUCUUUUCUUUUUCAUACAAAGUUAACUGCUACACUAUAGAGAGAGAAGAGAAGGAUUUACUCACCUCUGCUGCAAAGCAACAAACACAAGCGUACAACAUAGUUUAUGUGUUAUUCUCAAAGCAAUUCCUUUCUUUCUUUGUUUUCUUUAUCUCAUGUCCUUGUGCAAGACACGAAAUUGCUUCUGCUUUGCAGGUUUUAUUCACUAGCUUUUCAAACGAGGAAAGUGGGUUGAUUCCUGGGCCGACUAGUUUUUUCUUUCCAAGGCUAAUUCCAUGAUACUGAAAGAUCUAAUGGAAGAAAAGCAGUUGAAUUUUAAUCAGCCACUUUUAUCAGUGAGGCGUUUCUCAUCAACAGCGGCCAGUGAAAGUGAUUACUCAUUAGCCAGACUUCCACCUCCUCUUGCUUACCAUUCAGAGUUAAAGUCAGUUCCAGUGAGGAAUGCUGGAAGUGUUCCUUUUGUAUGGGAGAAAGCCCCAGGAAAACCCAAAGAUGAAACCAAGUUACAGACACAAUCAGUUUCUGAGAUGAGAACCGGAAGCUCCGUUUUUUCCAACUCUCAAAGGGUUGCAUCUUUGGAUAAAAGAGUAGCAAAAUAUUCAAAAGAUGGAAAUAUGGUGAAGGAAAGUUCUUAUUCAGAUGAUGGAGAUGAAUCCUAUAAAGAUGCUCUCGACACACUUUCCAGGAGUGAGUCAUUCUUCACGAGCUGUAGUUUAUCUGGUUUGAGUGGUUGGGAGGAACAAGAGGCUCAAUCAUAUGGGAGUUUCUCAAGUGAUCAUCGACAAGCUCGUGAUUUCAUGAUUGAUAGGUUCUUGCCUGCAGCAACAUCAGAAGCACCACAUCAUGUGUCCAAGAAGGAACUUGUUGGACAAGAACAACAAAAACAGAAAAAGAGACAAGCGAACUUAGAAGAAUACGGAAAAUCCACAACUACUACUUGUGGGCUAUUUCCUCGGUUCUGUCUUUUGAAUCCAAUACCUGGAUUAACAAUGGAUAAAGUUCAAAGAAAUGCAGCUGAUGGAAUGCAUGCUAAAUCAGGUGCUUCUUACAUUGGAUCUACAAAAGGGCAAGUUACAGAAAAAAAAGAGAUUUUGGAUAUUCUAGUAAAAUCUAGACAUGGCACCAAUUCACAUCAAAGAGUUUGCAGAAAAAUAGUAUCCUGUGAGAGUAGUCAACAUGAUUAUGAAAGCCAAGUUCAUGAGAAAACAAUGUAUGUAGAUUCUGUAAAUAAGGUCACCUCUCAAACCAAUACCAGAGGGGGUGAUUAUGAGACUUGGAGAAGAGAUAAUGGUGUUUACAACAAUCCUUCAAUAGACUCAAGUUCUGAAAUGAUUGCAUUUAAGGAGAUAAAUUCAGAUAGUCAAGGGUACAGCAGGAGAAACAAUUCUAAUAGCCUCAAUCAAAAUUCAGAAGUUGAUUUGAAGAGCCAUUUAUCAGCCAAAUGGGUAGAUAAAGAAUGUUGUAUGGAUAGCUCAAAGGUAAGAUAUGAUGGGAAGAUUGCCUUAGAGAGACAACGUUUUACAGAGUCGGGUGACCAAGAAACAUCUGGUGCAAGCUGUUUUGGACUUCCUUUGGUCCUACCUUCACUAAAAGCUCCAUCAGAGUCUUGGCUUAAGCGCACUUUACCUACCAUUUCCAAAAACAACGUGACUUCACGGUCUAGCUUUAUCGCAAACCUUCAUGCACAAUGUCACUCUCCAGACAACAACAUUUUACCUUAAGUGGGAAACGAUUGUUAAAUCUGACAAUGUACAUCAUCUUCAUCUGCAGCUUCCUGAGGUAAUCUGAUAAUUCUUUGUUUGUGCUUGUUUUGUGUAACUGUCAUGUAGGAAUUCAAAGUAUAAAAUCCCUCAAAUUUUCAGGAAAUACAAACACCCAUAUCAGAAGCUUGUACUUUAUGGACAGAGGGCCUUUGAUAAUUUGACAUGUAUACAAGAAUUUUGUUGAUGUAAUUUUUGCAUCAUGAUGAGGUGUAUAUA